CGAAAAUGCUAAUUAGCAUCAAAGUAGGGGUACUAAGCUAACAUAUGUAAUUGUUUUCAGAUGGUCAUACCAUGGAUCAUUUAGCUAUUUGAUUUUGAAUUUUAGGACCCCUUUAGGUAUUAUUUUUUGAAUAAACAUAUUGUUUGUAGAACGAGCAGCGAUGCUCCUCUGGGUGUAAACUCUGUGGAUUUGAAAAGUAGAAGUGAUCAGAGUAGAAUGGACCCCCCUUUUACUACGACUUACUGCGACACAACAUACAGAAUUAAAUGGUGUAUGGUGCAAUAUGUAUGUCCAAUAUGAAAAACAUACUGAACAUCAUGCAAUACGAAUGGGCUAAUUAACAAUGGGAUUUAAAAGUGUUUUCUAAAGUUGAUUAUUAUAAUUAUAUUAUUAAUAUUGUUAUUACUAUUAUUAUUAGCAGUAGAUAAAUAAUGUUUUGUUAUUUGUAUUACUGCUGUUACCAUGAUAACUAUCUAGUAAUCUUUACUUUUAUUGCUGUUAACAAUAAUGUCAAUGCUAUAAUAUUAUUUGUAAAGGCGAUUAACUGUUUUCUUUUUUCCAUAUUGUUAAACAAAAUUAAUUAGCAAAAUACAUUUGCUCAUAAAAUGUUUUAUUUAUUUAUUUUGACUUUUAUUUUGAAGUGAAAUCGCCGUGUUGACGACCUUAUUCCUUCUAGGUCUUGCUUAUUCUUGCUGGUAGAAUGUAGGCGGGAGACAAUGGUAGACACGUGUGUUUGAGUUUUUCAGCAGGACAAUAGGGUCACUUCCGUAUUCAAAUUAAAGGGAUAAUCUACAAUAAAUAUUCCACAAAAAAGUAUAUUACUCUACAUUCUAUUACCAAACUCUGUGCUCUUACUUUGGCUGUAAUUGAUUCACCCAGACAGACUGUGUGAUUUUAUGUCAAUGACAGCAAAGUUUUAGUUGGGAAAUAUUUGAUCAUGGCCUUGAGGAAGGAUUCCGCUCUUCCCUUUUUAACGGAACCUGCUCUUGCUACAAUAAAGGGAUGCUCCUAUACAACAGGUGCAUGCUUGAUAACAUUAUAAUAGGUCCUCAAAGUUGCUGAAGCUUUCAUCUGAUGAGAGGCUGUGGAGGCAUGCCACUGGGCACAAGAACUGGUGGGUUGUUGAUCUGCAGUGACCUCUCAACUACGGUUGCCUAUUUGGUCAUAUUUGACCAAUCAAUUAAUUAAUUAUGCAUCAUGGGGAUAUCAGUUUACUGUUUGCCUGUUUUAACUGUUACCAUGGCAGAACUUCAUUCAUUAUUAACCAUUUUGGUGUCUAGUUUUUUUACUCAGACCAUUUUGGACUUAGAUUUGACAUGUCAUUGAGGAAAAUGAACAAUAGCAUAAGGGUAUGGCUUAAUCUUACAAGAAUGCAUCUUACUUCACUGAAAGAGAGAUGUUGACCAUGUAAAACAUGUAAAACACCCUCUUGCGUUGCAAUGGAGGGCACAACCUCAAGACAAGACAAAGAAAAGGCUCAGAGAACCGUAAGGUUUCGGGUGGCAUCUGCAAAUAGUGGUCGCAUUUUAACUGAGGUUUUCAAGGAUGACACAUUGACAUUGUGUGGCUCAGUGACAGACUCAGUUGACUCGGACUGCACCAGCAACUCGGAGAGCGAGCAGGCGAGCUCCCCACCAACCAGAGAGGCAAAUGGGCAUCUGUGUGGGUUGGUGGGCACAGCGCCGGAUGAUUGCGGGAGUGAUCCGGAUGAUCUGCUUAUGUACGCUAGCACCAAAAAGGAGCUGCUCUUUAGCAACAAGCGCAUUAAUAUCUGCAGCAAGAAUGGGACUGUACGUGGUGUGAAGAAUAAAGUCAGUGCAGGUCAAGCGCUGUUCAACAACCUUUCCAACCUCUCCAACGUGUAUACAGUGAGUAAUUUAACAAUGUUAUAUUCCUCAUAGCAAUCCUAGCAGGCUUGUGUUUACUUUAGGGAAAAGUCACACAGUGUCAAAACACAUCAUCAUGAGACUUUUGGAUCAUGCUUGAUUUUGGGCAUCAGGAGACUUGAAAGCAGUAUAAAACUUCAAUGUAUCAAAAGCGGACUAAUGAAUAAUAUAUGAGAAAAAGAAAAUCUGUAAAAUUCCCCUUUAAUAACAAUUCACCUUUCUAGUCACACUUUACAGUGUGUCCCUAAUACCUAUGCAAUUACAGGGUAACUACAGUGAAGGUACACAUUGUUACAGUACUUACAACAGCAUUUAUCUGUUUCUUUCUCUACCUGCCGUCUUGAAGGGUAACCUGCGUGGCAGCCGACCUCAUCUGAAAAAAAUACCAUGGGAAAAAGAUGAUGGGAACUGAGACUGGGUCUACUGACUCUGCUGGCUAUUAUAACACACAACCUUUGGUCUUCAAGAUUUGUGUUUAUGUAUUUACUUCAGGGACAGUCACAAUAGGCCCAGUGUCUCAAUUACUCCCCCUGGUCCCUUAUGGUUUAUGACCUGAAUGGUUGAGAUAAUAGGGAAUAAUCAAGCAAUCCUAAAUCCAAUACAGUAGAGAUCCAAACCCUACAGUUAUGAACAGACUAAUCCUCUAAAUACAGAAUUAUUCUAGAGGCUGUGUAAAUCAGCUAUGCCAAACCCUGUAUUGGACAUGUGCUAUUGAAUGGAUGAAUUCAAAAUAAAAAUCUUCAUGUCCUACAAAUCUGUUUUUGAUCAGUAAAAGAAAAACACUUUAACUCAAAGUUACAGUCCUAUGACUGUAAGACAACAUGUACUUCACCAAGGAAAAGUUAUCAGAAUGGAGCAUCAUAUUUCUUUGCUGAUGUUUAAAAAUACUUUCUAAGGUUAAAUGUUUUGUAAGUGGGCUGCUUUGUGAGUGUAAAUUGGAUGAAAUCAUUUAAGACUGUAUUCUUGGAAGAACAAUGCAUUCUUUAUAUAGUAAAACCAUGCUUAACCAUGCUCUUGCACUAUUGUAUUUUGAAGACUAAGAACCAUGUAGGUUUGUAAGUUUAUACACUGGUAAUAAUUCUAGCUUUUUCUUUCAUUUCCCAGAUGAAAUAUAUAUAUAUUUUUACCUUUAUUUAACUAGGCAAGUCAGUUAAGAACAAAUUCUUAUUUUCAAUGACGGCCUAGGAACAGUGGGUUAACUGCCUUGUUCAGGGGAAGAACGACAGAUUUGUACCUUGUCAGCUUGGGGAUUCAAUCUUGUAACCUUUUGGUUACUUGUCCAACGCUCUAACCACCUGCCGCCCCAAAUAUGUUAUACUCAAUGUAUGUUUUUUCAUAUCCUGAAUGUAUGUUUUUUUAAGACAAGAUACAGUGAAUUAUACUGUUAAAAUC